UUUUACAUGCAACCUAAACCGGAAGCACACUAGUGCAAAUGUAAUGGCGUCGGAAAUGUCAAAACAAGAUGAGAACACCAGUGUCAUAGCAGAGUUUCUAAGCACAGAGUAUGCCAAAUGUAUGAUGUGUGAUGGAUUCUAUGGGUGUAACUUCGGCCAGCCAGUGUGCAGUACCUGCCAUCUGUUCCUGUUUUCUGUGGACAUAAACAAGGGUGAUGGAGAGGCAGAGGUGUACACCGAGAAGGCAGAUUCGGAUGAUUCUGGCAAUGAGGAGCCAGGUGCCGAGGCGGACUUCUACCCUAAACAAGAACCAGUGAUGAAGACAUACAAGUCAUCCUUUAGUUGUAAGAUGGACAAGCUUGCCGAGAGAAUACAGACUCUAACCCUGCCACGAGAGAGAGAUGACAAUGUCCCAGAUGGACUCGUGGACUCGUUGCCACCGGAGGUGUUGCUGGUGGUGUUCAGUCACCUGGACGACAUCUCACUGUGGACAGCGGGCAGUGUGUGUUCAAGGUGGAAGGAGAUACUGGAAGGGGAGACAACUGAGACCCAGUGGCAGACAUUCAUCCGAUUACGAUGGCCUCUUUUUCAGCCGCAGUAUAAAGUCAAUUGCUGGAAAACUAUAUACACAAAACUGUUAGAGAGUUCACCAUGUCGAUACUGUCUAGAAAGCAUGAUGUUACAGAGCACACCACCUAUAGAGGAGAACUCAUGGCGUCACCGACGACUACGCAGUGAGCUGAAGACACUAAAGACAGACCCCCCUGAGGGAAUACAGGCCACCCCCCUAGACCGACAUUGUUGCCACUGGCAGGCCUCCAUCACCGGCCCCCAGGGCAGUCCAUACGAGGGAGGGAUCUUUCUCCUGUAUCUUCAGAUACCACAGAGCUAUCCCAUGCGACCACCUAAAGUCCGAUUCAUCACAAAGAUAUUUCACCCAAACAUCAGUCGCCAUGGAGACGUAGGUUUAGACUCAAUCCAUCACAACUGGAGCUUAGCUCUGACAAUUUCCAAAGUGCUGAUCAGCAUCCAGUCCCUGCUGACGGACCCCUACUGUGCAAUCUGCAUGGAGCCCCGGAUCGGCGGACUGUACCAACACAACAGGGCGGAGUUCGACAGGAUAGCCAGGCUGUGGACGUGGAAGUACGCCAUGCACGACUUCCUCAUGCCAAUGAACAUCAACCUGAAGGGGGUGUGACGCCUGGCAACGUGUGAUGUAUGUGUUGCCAUGGCGACAAGGUGUAGCUAAUGAACAUCAACGAAAGGGUGUGUGAUGCCUGUCAACAUGUGAUGUAUGUGUUACCAUGGUUUCCAGGUGUAGCAAAUGAACAUCGACCUGAAGGGGGUGUGACGCCUUGCAAUGUGUUAUGUAUGUGUUACCAUGCAACAAGGUGUGGCUAAUGAACAUCAACGAAAGGGUGUGUGAUGCCUGGCAUCGUGCGAUGUAUGUGUUACCAUGGCUACUAGUUGUAGCAAAUGAACAUCAACCUGAAGGGGGUGUGACGCCUGGCAACGUGUGAUGUAUGUGUUACCAUGGCUACUAGGUGUAGCUAAUGAUCAUUAACGAAUGGGUGUGCGAUGCCUGGCAACAUGUGAUGUAUGUGUUGCCAUGGCUACCAGGUGUAGCCAAUGUACAUCAACAGGAGGGCUGUGUGACGAAUGGUAACAUGUGAUGUAUUUGUUACUUUGGCUACCGGGUGUAGCCAAUGAACAUCAAUCUGAAAGGUGUGUGAAGCCUGUGAUGUGUGGUGAAUCUGUACCCAUGGUUACCUUAUAUUCUUCAUGAACAUCAACCUGAAGGUGUGUGACACUGGUGAAGCAUAGCAACAUGGGAUCAUCUGAAAAUUAAUGUAACCAUGGAUACCUGGCUUAACUCACGGCUACUAUUGACUUGAAAACGGGUUGAGGUCCAGUAAAGUGUUUGUGGUUAGCAUAGCCCUUCAAUCAAAAAGACUACUAAAUGUGAAGCAUGUUUUUUGGUCAUUAAAAGUGUAUGUGUUUACAGUAACCAUGGUCAAUCCACAAGUAUUUUUCUGCAAGUGUACAUGUACUUUGAUGUUUGCCAUGGUGACAUGGUAUAUCUCAUGAACACAGACUAUGUGUAUUCAUUGUUUGUGUUAUCUCCAUGGUUACCAGGUAUAGCUCAUGAACCUAGGCAGUGUGUAUUCAUAGUUUGUGUUAUCACCAUGGUUACCUGGUAUAGCUCAUUGACAUUGACAGUGUUUAUUCAUAGUUUGUGUCACAAUGGUUACCAUGGUUGCACAGUAACAAAUGUUUUUCAGAUUUCUAAUAAGUACAAACUUUCGGUUGCAAAAAAUUGUAUUGAUUUUUGUACCAGCAUGGGACUUGUCAAUGGUGGAUUUGUCUCAGCAAGAGUAAGUGGGUUUGUGUUUAACCAUGUGAACGCUACUGUGAAAACUAUUUUAGUUGUCAUGCUAAUGUCAUGGCAUGUCAGCCUGAUGUGGGGAAAAACUAAGAAAAACUAGAAAAACCUCCUAGAUAUUGCUCAUUACAUACACCACUGGGCUUGCAUUCCAUACAAGUCAGCGGUAGAAACUAACAUUAUGAUCCUUAUACUGAUAACCAAAACAAUACAGUUACUGUUACCAUGGUUAUGUGGUUUCCUCCAGGGGCUUAUUUGUCAGUCUAUCAGGAUUCAUGUUUGUCCUACCAUCAGAUCAUGGAGUCCUGGAUUCAGUUCCUAUGGUUGGUGUUGUCUGGAUGUUUCUGUUCCAAACAUGCCAAAAGUGCUCAGUCAGGAUUGUAGAUUACCAUGGUUACAGUGGCUACAAUAUUUACCAUUCCUGUUGUGUCCACAUUGCUACACACUUAUGUAACAUCCUUCUAGUGGGGUGGUGGGUAGUCUAGUAGAUAAAGCAUUCACUCGUCUUGUGAAGGCCCAGACUUGAUUCCCCACAUGGGUACAAUGUGUGAAGCCCAUUUCUGGUGUCCCCUGCUGUGAUAUUGCUGGAAUAUUGGUAAAGAUGGAGUAAAAUCUGACAAAUUAACUCCUACUGGGAGUCAAACUAUAGUUAGUUUGAAUACUACCAACUGGUAAUGACGAAAAAUGGUACCAUUAAACAGUAGGUCACUGGAACAUUUGGCUGUAUAUUUCCCAAACAAAUACCUGCGCAAUGGGUGGAAGACAGAACAGCACCGAUUACAACCAGAACAACUCUGUAGUCAAACUGACACUGUGAUAGACACUCUCCUAAUUUGGACAUCUUCAACAGACAGGAAAUAAAAAAAAAUAGCUUAAGUUGUCAUGGUUAUGCAAUUGUAAGUUUCAUGAUCAGGUGUACUUCACAUAGUUCACUAUCUCAUGGAUCAGAAAAAUGCACACAUUUGAGAUAACUUCCUCACUACAUUAACUCUUCACCUUAACAAAGAAAUAUUACUGUCAAUGUUUUGGUUCUAGUCAUUAAUAAUCAUUGUGAUUCCACUAUUAACAUGAUUAAGAACCUUGCAAUUUCAUUGGUUAAUUCUUACCGUGUGACGAAACAAUACAAUUCAACGUAGACCCCGACUGACUCUGACCGAAUAUUCGAAUAUUGACUUGCACAUGAUGAAUAUUGACCUGUCAAAUGAUGAAUAUUGACCUGUCACAUGAUGAAUAUUGACCUGUCAAAUGAUGAAUAUUGACCUGUCACAUGAUGAAUAUUGACCUGUCAAAUGAUGAAUAUUGACCUGUCACAUGAUGAAUAUUG